AGAGUUUGGCAAACAGUAUUAUGAGAGCCUUCAAAGCUUAAACCUUUUACUUUCUUUCUUUCUUUCUUUUGUUUCAAGGCAAUCUAUCGAAGUAAAGAAUCCAUUUCAAGUUCCUUGCAGCUUCUGAAUUCUAGCACACUGCUCAAUUUUUAUUCCUUCAUUUUCUCCACUAUAAAUUCUGCAUCUUUCUGGUGUUUAUCUGUGAAAACUUCUCUGGGUUGUUGUUCGUUUUUGUGUUAAGACUCUGAGACUGGAGAAAUAAUAAUUGCCCUAAAGCUUCAGAAAAUUGAAAAAAUGGGAGUUGGAGGGACCUUGGAGUAUUUGUCUGAUUUAAUGGGAAGUGGUGGCCAUAAACACAAGAAGAAAAAGAAACAACUGCAGACUGUUGAUCUCAAAGUCAGAAUGGAUUGUGAUGGCUGUGAACUCAAGGUCAAAAAUGCCCUCUCCUCAUUAAGUGGGGUGAAGUCUGUGGAGAUAAACAGGAAGCAACAGAAGGUGAGUGUGACAGGAUAUGUGGAGGCAAACAAGGUGCUGAAGAAGGCAAAAUCAACAGGGAAAAAGGCAGAGAUAUGGCCAUAUGUUCCGUACAAUUUGGUGGCUCAACCAUACAUAGCUCCGGCUUAUGACAAGAAAGCUCCUCCAGGUUAUGUCAGGAAGGUUGAAAAUCCUGCAACAAAUGCCACUGUCACAACUUAUGGCUCUGCAGAUCCUUACAUCACAAUGUUCAGUGAUGACAAUCCUAAUGCUUGCUCCAUCAUGUAGAUUGUAAAAUUCCCUUUCAGGCUUCCAGGAUUUUGAUUUUCAUCUUUAUUUUCUUCAUUUUAGUUGUGUAUUUUUUUCGCUGUAAUAUUAGAGACGGUGAGUGAGAGGAUUAAGUAACUAGUUAAUAAUCAAUGUUUUGUUCUCUUCUGUUCAAUGUAUUUAGAGGAUCAAUUGGCGGUUGUGGUUAAA